UUGGUGCGUUUGUUUUUUUUAUUGUCUUUUGGUCGCAGAAGGCGCACAAUAAAAUGUUAAAUUUAUAAAGUUUAUUACAAAUACAAAUUAAUAUUAAUUUUGUUAUUAAAUACAUUUUAAAACAGGUCAAAUUUUUGUGAAAAUAAAUAUUGUGAUAAAAAAUAUUCGACGAAAAGUGGUUACAACAAGAAACAAACAAAUACAAUUUGAGGACAGAAUUAAGCAAGCACCUCCUUUAUAAGAAAAUUUUGAAAUAACCUCGCAAUAAAAAUGCCUUGGAUACCCACAACCGACUUCGAAGAAGAAGUGGUUAACUUGCAACCACAUCAUGACUUCAUAUAUGGAAUGCUAUCGGAACCACAAUAUAAUAGUUAUCCAAGACCUAAAACUCAUACAGAAUAUGCGGCCAACAGAAAGACUGAUAGUAAAGAACAUAGAAAAUCCACGGCGAAACUAAAUGGAAAGUUGCAUGCAAUACAACAAGUACAACGUAUGGCUAGCACUAAAACGGUAGGUGAACAACCCACCAUCGAUGAUUGGGAUAAUAAUAAGAAAAUUGAACAGGAAACAAUUGGCAUGAUGCGUUACUGUGGAAUGGGUGUAAGUGUUGAACAGCCACUGAAUCAAAAAGUAACUAUGGCAACAUAUCCGGUAGAAAAUAAAAUAAAACUUGUACAGAAUGGUCGUAGAAAAGUCGCUUUGUUCUUUGAUGAUAAUGUUUUUAAAUUAAAGGAAAAAGUAUCGGAUACUUCAUCGGGUUUUGAUAGUUGCAAUAAUAGCAACUCAAGCCAGUUUAAAAAUAAUCCUAAUGAUUCUUCAGUUUCUGAACCAGAAACUAGUUGUAAUACUUCAUUUGUUAGCACAACUUCAUCUUUAAAUAAUAUAUUUAGUACGGCAGGAGAUAAUAGUGAUUCGUUUUCUACAGCUUCACAAGUUAGCAAUACAUCACCUACGAUCCAGCUUAAGGCUAAACGUUUACAGCAAUAUCAUAAAUUACUAGAGGAUACAGCUUUAUUGUCAUUGAAUAGUUCAAUUAGCAGUGAGAAACAUAAUGCUGAUUCAUUUGAAACAGCCGAAGAUAUACCACGUUGGAAACCAAUAUCAGAUGAUGAUGAAAAUGUUUUUGAUAAGCCAGAAAAUUGGCCGGUUUUAAACAGAAACCAUUGUAAUAAAAAUUCGAUUUAUAGUAAAGAAAUAAUAUUAAAUAAAACCCAAAGUGAUUCAGGAGAUGAUGUUUCUAGUGUCACCAUCAGUAGCAGCAGCAGUAGUAGUAGUAAUAAACAAGCUAAAAGAAUCAAUUUUUUACAACGUUUUAUUAAAUCAGAACAUGAAAAUGAUGAUUUAAAUACGUCUAAUACGUCUAGCGAAUCUGCAGUAACUAAUCCACCGGACCCUUCAACAUAUGCAGCUAUUACCAAAACGUCAAAACAAUCAACGCCAAAGCGUAAAGAGAAAAUAUAUAACUCUUCCAAUGAGAUUAUAGAUUUUCAACCUUUUUACACAACACGACGAAUGUAUGCCCUAAAACGUCAUGUUAAAUAGUUAUCUUAUUCUUAUAUUUUUAACUCUACUAUACUUCCGCCUUAAACAAAUAGUUAAAGUACAUAACUUAAGUAAGAUUUUUUUACCAAAACUUCAUUGCAUUAUGUUUUUUAAGUUUUUUUUUUUUACUUUUUUUUUAAAAUUUUAAAUUUCUUUACUUUUUUUUAUUUUAAAUAGUUUUAAGUUUGGAAAAUUUAUCAAGUUUUUAAACAUUCUUUUAAAGAGAUAUCACUUCUAGAGGUCAGAAUUAUAGAAACAAAGCCAGAAAACGAUCUCUUGUAUACAUAAUGUGUUUCUUAUGAUCUCUAUAAUGAACUGUUCCAUUAAAAUCUCAAUAUCUUUGAAUUGAAAUAAUAGAAGCUUUGAAGUUUAGUAUAAGAAAUAAAAGAGCGAAUUAGUAAUGAAAGUUUUGUUUUUGAUGGACCAAAGUUUUUUCUUAGACGGUGGCUGAAAAUUCUUUCCUGUGGAAAGACCUUUUAGUUGCUACAGCUAUUGACAAUCUUUGGCCAUUUAUGAUUUCGGUAAUUUGGGAGCGUGAAUCGAAUUAGGUGGUAGUUGCAGUCAUUUGACUAUAUUUUUAUCUUUUAACUGUAACUACGGGUUUAAAGCAUUGUUCCUAUAUGAAGUAUAUAAAUUCAUAAUUUUGUUCUUUUGAAAUGAAUUCGAAGGCACGCAGUAGAUAGGCAAAUCUCUUUUCUUUUUUAUUUUCUUGAUUUCUGUCACCCCUACCGAUUAUAGAAGUGAAAAUUUGUUCCCUUGAAAUUUUCAUUUCCCUCGAAGGGAAAAUUGCUAUCGUGAACUUGCGUUGUAGUAGUUGUAGUAGUAAGUUAAUAGUAGAUUUUGUAUGGAACAGGUGUUAAAUGUUUACAAAAUCAACAAAUUUCACGACAAAAAUGUUAGUGAACGAAAAAAGUGAAAAGGGAACAUAUUUCACAUGAAAUGAUGAUUAGCGAUAGGGGAUGAAUAGUUUGUAGUUGUUAAACACACGUUUAUAACGUUUAUUUUAAUUUUUCCGAAAAUUUCUCAUUUUACAAUAGUUUUAUUUGCAAAAAAAAACAGCUGUUUAUUGUUUAUAUUUAUUAGUGAAAGGUUGGCAAUACUAACACAGUUAACUGAUCUUAAAUCCAUAACUGAAAAACACAAUCAUCGGUUAAAGUCCGCCUAGAUUUGUUCCGAGUUUAAUCUAACAGCAAGUUAAGCCUAGUUUAACUGAGUAUUAAGAAACCCACCAUAGCAAAAUGUUAUAGUAUCCCAUGUUGCUUUAAAGGAAAUCCUCCAAGUCGAUCUAUAUCUUCAUAUUUUGGAAGUCUUUAAACAAUUAAGUAAAAUUUAAGUUUUAAAUGGUACUCUACCAGUAAAGUUUAAGAGUUUUAAUGGUUUCCACUAGGGUAUAAACAAUUGAGGUUUAAUGGUCUUCACCCGGGUCUAAACAGUUGAGUUUUAAUCGUCUCCACUAGGGUAUAAACGAUUGAGUAUUCUAUGGUCUCCACCAAUAAAACAUAACCUCACUUGAGCUGAUACGAAAGCACGAGUUUAAUGUAGACAACAUAUAACUUUGAACAGUUAUACAUUAGUGCGAGCGAGAUGCAAAAUUUGUUUCCGAAAAUCCAAUUUGUCGGAUUUAAAGUAAAGGUAUAAACUUGAAAUAUAAGGGGGUAUUAUAUACUAAGACCCUAUGUCUGUUAUACUCUAAAAUAUACAUUUGACUUCUGAAUUCAUAUUCUUAUUUUUUUUUCACAAAUUGAAUUUUAAUAAAAAUUUUAUCCAGAAGUUUUGUUUCCAUCCACAAUUGACCCAUAAUUUUCAUUUGAAAUAAUCAUUAAAUGGGGCACCGGUGUAUUCUAUAAAAAAGAAAUCCUAAUUGGUCUCAGAAUUUUUUCCAUAACAUAAUUUUUUUGAGAUAUUGUGUUCUUAAAUAUUGCUCAUCAGAAGAUAUGAUUCUUGUCCACAAGCUGUGUUAAAGAACAUUUAGUCUAUAGCGUACUCGUGGGCAAUGAACAAGUUCUUCAAUAUAAAUCGUUUUUUCUUCUACUGUAACAUUUUUUUAGAUAUAUUCUCUUAAAGCAUUUUUGGAACUAGUUCUGAGAGUGAUAAAUUCGAACAAAAAUCAUUAUUUAAAGAACUAGUUUUGAAACAUUUCCUUAGAAAGAAUGUCAACUAAAUUUGUUACAAAAAUCAUUGGUCUCAAUCAGAACUGGCAAAUGGAAUUAAACAUUUGUAUCGUUUCUACGAGAAUUGGAUUUCCAGUCUGAGACAAGCCUAUUCUUAAUCGGCCGAAGAUUGUCAACUCAGCAACAGCUGUAUCAACCAUUCUAAAAUUAAUUAUUAAUUAUAUUUGUCGUUCCUUCGACAAAAAUAAAUGACAGGUUUUCAGGUGAGCAAAAAAACUGUUGGUAUCUUUAUUAUCUAUAGAGUAGCGUAGGUAUAGACAAAAUCUACUAUUUGAUUGAUUAUGAUGCACUCUAUGAAAACACACGUUCUUGCAAAAUUUUACACUCUUACAAUUAAAAUCAAUCAAUCAAAAUUAUAAAAGAAUUAUUUUAAAAUUCUAGAAAAUUUUGGACUGUUCUACAGGGUUAGACAAUCUAAUGACUAGUCUACUCUAUCCUCUAGUACAAAGAGAGACAAAAGACCGUCUAUUGACUAGUCUAACAAACACAAUAUACUAAACGCUAUUCUGCAUUUCGAAUACGUUUUCUCCAUCCAGUUACGAAACUUUCAAAAAUUUAUUAAGGGCGGGUUUUUCAGAUAAAGAUAAUCCACAUUCUUUGUUUAAACCUAGUUUUAUAUAUGUUUUGUGUUUUUCAGUAAACAGUAACAGUACUUAUUAUCUUAG